AUGUCGCACGCACGUAUAGAAGAGGUCAGCGAUAGCGACCUAGACAGCGAUCCACCAGAGGAAGAUAUCGAUGACCUAGACGACGAUUUCGACGAGCGCGACAUCCUCAAACGAAGAGAACCAACGGGACCACGACCAUCGCAAGUCCCUCCACCAAAACCAAGCUCCUCCCUCAUUAAUCCCGCAAAUAUACCCUCUCGAGCGAAUGAUCCCCGUAUAAGUACAUCGAGCGACGGCACGCAAUUUCACACCACAGAGGACGACAGCAGAUACAAAGAUUUCCAAUGCAUAUACCCCGUUUAUUUCGACAGUCGCAGGAGCAGAAAACAAGGAAGAGAGGUAGGGAAAGAAUUGGCCGUGGAGAAUCCGAUGGCGAGAGAUAUUGUGACGGCGUGUGGGAGAUUGGGACUGGAGACGCUGUUUGAACCUGCGAAGUUACAUCCGAAAGAUUGGGCGAAUCCGGGACGGGUGAAGGUCAAGGUCAAGGGAGGGAAUAACAGGAAUAUCAAGAAUAAACACCAUCUAUUCAUCCUAAUAUCUCAAUACCUCAAGGCCAACCCCACAACCACCGAAGCCGCAAUCAAAGUCAGAGUUCCAGGUGUACCACCGCCAGAUCCAAGUAAACCAUAUCCUAAACCUGCGGUACCGAAGGGAUGGAAGAUGAACGAUAUCCUACCUUAUUAUAGUCCUGCGAUUACAGGCGGUGGAGUCAGUGAUAAUUUCUUCAAGGAUAUGAUGUCGGAAAUGCAAGCUGCGGGAGGUGCACCCGGAGGUGGAGGAAUGCCUGGCAUGCCUGAUAUGGCAGCGAUGCAGGCCAUGAUGGGCGGCAUGGGCGGUGGACCUAGUGGAGGUGCUCCUGCUAUUGAGUCGAAGAAGAAGGACAAGAAAAAGACGAAAGUUAUUAGGGGCUAG